AUGCGUCCGGACGCGUCUACCACAUGGACCGCUGGUUAUACGGCCGAAGUCACUUGGGAUACGACGAACAUGCUCAGCGGAUCUGCGAGCUCUACUGGGACGAUUUUCCUUGGGCACCUCAAUGAUGGCUCGGACAACGAGCACCUCGACCUUGACAAUCCUCUUGCUGAUGGAUUCAAAAUGACCAUGGGGCAAAUUGAGAUUGAAGUGCCUAGGGUUUCCCCCGGUAACAACUACAUCGUCGUCUUGAUGGGAGAUUCAGGAAACAGAAGUCCAACGUUUACGAUACAAUAG